UGUGAUGUAUUGGUAUCUUAUGUGCGUGUGAGCAUAUAUAUAUAUAUAUAACCUAUAAACACAUAUCUUAUCUCACCAGUCACCAUCUUCCUCCUCUUCUUUCCCUCUCUUAAGGACGAAGAAGAAAUCUGAAGAAGGCAAAAGGUUCGAGGGAGAUGGCGACGGCGACGGAAAACAACAGAGCGGACGACAUCGUAUGUUCUCAGGAACGAGAGUCUACCUGUGGUGCAAACAAAUAUGGAGGUCUUGUGCCAAAGAAAAAGCCUCUCAUUUCGCAGCCCAAACGUGCCUUUUUUGAUUCUGCAGACUGGGUUCUGCACAAGCAACAAGCAAGUGCAGAUGAGAGAACUUUAGAGGCAAUAGAAAGCUUAAGACCCAAACUAGUGAGGACGCCUCACAAGCAACUUCCCCCAAGGGGACCUACCUUUUUAACUGGACAAGAGAAUCUGACAUAUUCGAGCUUUUAGGGCAAACAGGCGUGGAAAUGGAGAGUGGUUGGUUUGGUGUUAGCCUACUCGCGUGCUUCAUGUUUCCAUAAAAUAAAACUUUUAUUCAGAAUAAAUGUAUAACUGCUUGAUCGUUUCUUUAAAUGGUUCAGACAAUCGUUGCUGCUUCUUUGUUUUUCUUUCCUAAUAUAUAAACCUUGUUUGGGGGCAUUUUAGUUUUCUUGAAACAAAAAGAAUUCUAAAUCAAAAUUUGAUGAAAUUUUGAGUUUAUCUAAAGAUAAAUGAUUUCUCUAAGAAAAAAACUAAAUAAAAUGAUUGCAGAUUACUCUUACUCAGGUGAUAAAGUCCACUCAAGCACUUCAGGCAGCAUAGAAGUUCGAACCAUUUAAAAUAUGGACUCCAAAAAGAGAUAACUGUUUAACGCGAUGUCUCUGUCUCUCUCUCAUCUCUCUUUCUCUCCCGAAAGGACAAUUCGGUUUGAUUUCGAAACUUCCACCACCGGAAUCGCCGCCAUCUCAGUCGCUUCACCGCCUCCUUCGUCCCGACCUUCCUCCCCAACGCCUCCUCCGUCCCGAUCAAUCUCUGAAGCUCUUGAUAUCCUCUUCUCAGGGGCACACGUUAGGCUGAGCACGGACUGGUUUGUUCUCUUAUUACAAAGCAAUAAAUAUUUUUUGUUAGAUCAUCUUUGAGUUUUGUAAUGAUCGUUUCUUAUCAAACCUCAAGGUGAAUUGUGGAGCCGACCUUGCUAUUUUGUUGUUUGGUGUGGUAGUUAAAUCAAUUAACGCAUUGUCUCUACCCACUUGGGCUGUUCAUGUUUCCAGCGUUGUCGAAUGGUUCCUCUCCCUUCUUCCUUGAUUUAAUUGAUUCAACUCUCAUCUUAGAAAAGUUUUGAACUUUUGAUCUAUAGUGAUGCGAGAUAGUAGUUUAUGUUGUGGGUUUCUCUAGUUCUUGAUAUCUGUUCAGAAAGAAAGGGUUAUGAGUCAUCUCAUGGGGAAUGGUUGACUUUAGAAGAGAGUUUUGUUGAAUCUAAGAAGCAAAUAUGUCUUUGUAAGAAUAUUGAUAUGCAAACUGUUUGGUAUACUUCUGGUUCAUAUGAGAUUAAAGAUGUGUUGAUUUUGUUUUGAUAGGCAGAGAGAUAUACGUAUGGGGAGAGGAUUCUAGGAUCAAGCUCUGAGUAUUUGCAGAGCAAUGCAAGACUAAGAAGAAACUCAAGGUUGUUUUGUUUCCUUUCCUUCACCGGGUGAACUUGUCUUUUCUUGUCUCUUUCUGUUUGAGACUUUCUCAGACCAGCCAUUAAGUAAAACUAGUUCGUGUUUUGCUUCAAACGAUCAGGGACACUGGGCUAGAAUCUCUGAACCAGUUAGGGGUAGGCUCUUAUACAAGCCUCCCAUCUAUGAUAUCAAUGCGCCAGACUUGUACAUUCCCUUUAUGGCAUUUGGUACGUACGUUGUUCUUGCUGGUCUUUCACUGGAACUUAAUGGAAAGUAAGUUCUUGUGACCAUAUGCAUCUCUCUCAGCGUUUUGAGUCUUAGGGGUUCAGUGAUUGAUGGACACUGAAGAUUUUUAACCUGAAUUCAUGUAGGUCUUCUUAUUGGUACUUUGUAGCAGAAGUUUGAACAUUAUUGACAUUGUAUGUGGUAAAGAUUCAUGUUUUAUAAACAA